AUGCCAUUAGCAGACGAUAAAAGUGGAGCACCCAACAACAGAGAACUAUAUGCUUUACUUCAUAUAUCACCAGAAGCCACUGAUGAAGAAAUCAGAAAGGCUUAUCGUCAGUGGGCCCAAAUUUAUCACCCUGAUAAAUACCAAGCUUCUCAUAUGAAGGAAAUAGCUACGGAGAACUUUCAACGAAUAUGUGAAGCCUAUGAAAUUUUAUGUGAUCAAAAUAAAAGGCAAAUUUAUGAUAUAUAUGGUAUGGAAGGAUUAACAUCUGGUUUGGAGCUUGGUCCCAAACUGAAUAAAGUUGAAGAGAUCAAGGAAGAACUUGAGCGAUUGAGGCGUCAGAAGGAGCAAGAAAAGGUCUUAGCACAUGUCCAACCUUCUGGUUCGAUUCUGGCAAAUUUAUCGUUGCCACAGUUUUUAGAGGGUGAUGGCAUUAUGAGAGGGAUGGCUAUGGCCAGUGAAGUUCAUUCUAAAUUAUCCAAACACAAUGCUAUUUCUUUGGGUGGGAAUUUGGCUGUUAAUGGGAAUUCUGGUGGUGGUGCUGCAUCCGUGGUCCUUAGGCAUCAGUUAUCUUCAGUUUCUUCUGUAGAAUUCAUGGGUUCACUUGGUUUGCGAGCACUAAUUGGUGUUCAAACUUCUCGCCAAUUGUCUCUUCACUCUACUGCAACGAUGGGCCUUGCCAUGUCUUUAAGAGAUGGUUCAAUUAAUCUUUCUAAUACCUGGACUCGUCAACUCUCAGAGACAACAAAUGGAAAUAUAGAACUUAUUUUAGGUCCAGAGUCAUCUAUAGGUGUUGGAUGGCAAAAGAAAGAACAGAAAAGUGCUGCUUCCGGAGAGAUUAAGAUUGGCACUGGUUCUUUUGGCGCAGUGGGCCAUUACACCCACCGCUUCUCCUCAAAAUCUCAUGGGCGAAUUGCAGGCAGAGUUGGAAGUAGUGGGCUUGAACUUGAAGUAGGGGGUGGAAGAAAGAUAUCCAACUUCACAACCAUUCGGAUGUUGUAUACAAUAGGACUACAGGGAAUAUUUUGGAAAUUUGAACUUCAUCGUGGAGGACAAAAGUUGAUUGUUCCUAUUUUGCUCUCCAAUCACUUGAAUCCGGUAUUUGCAUCUGGAGCACUCGUCAUUCCAACAUCACUUUAUUUUGCGCUCAAGAAAUUUGUUUUUAAACCAUAUUUUCUUAGACGGGAGAAGCAGAAGUUUUUGGAAAAUCUUGAGAAGACUCAAGACCAGGUUCGAGAGGCUAGGGCUGCAGCCGAGAAAGCUCAACAACUAUUACAAAAUGUGGCCAAUAGGAAGAGGAACAAGCAACAAGAGAUGGGUGGAUUGGUGGUUACAAAGGCAGUUUAUGGACAUCGCAAAGCUCUAACGUCUAGAAAUAGACCCGAAGAAAAAGUCGAUGAGGUGGCUUCUCAAAUCAUAGAUGUCACAUUACCUCUUAACUUUCUCAUUGACGAAUCUGGGCAACUUAAGCUGCACGAUGGUGUAAAAAAAUCAGGAAUUAUGGGCUUCUGUGAUCCUUGCCCAGGAGAACCCAAACAGCUGUACGUGGAGUACAUGUACGGUGGCAAUAAAUACGAGGCCAUUGUCGAUGAUUAUGAAGAGUUUCUAAUACCCCAGGAAAGGCACAAAAUCUAA